AUGAAGCUCUACCGCAUAAAAUCACAACCAGAAUUUGAAAAAGUCAUCAUGAAAUACAAAGGAGAUCUGCUCGUCAUUUUCUUCCGGGCCCUCUGGUGUACGAUGUGCAAAGUGAUUAUGCCCCGAGUCGAAGAAGCCGGUGACAGUAUUCCCAAAAACCUGCUGUUCGAAGUGGACGUGGACGAAAUCGCCCCGAUUGCCCGGCGCUACAAGAUCAAGUCGGUGCCUUGCUUCCUCUUCUUGCUCAACAGAAUGGAAGUGGACCGCGUGGCCAUUAGAGACAUAUCGGUGUUCCUACCGUACAAGGAAAUUGUUACAGAGAUGUUGACCAAGGUCGAGAAGUGGACCGGGCCGAAGAUAGUCGCCCCGGAGUAUCUGGAGCCCGUGGACGAGUUGCUUGAGAUCCCUAGCACUCCCGAGGACGAGGAGGAGGAAGAGGAGGAGGAAAUUGUAUUGGAGGAGGAACCGCCGAAGCAAAAGAGGAAGUCGAAAGCUCCCAAAAAGGGAGGCAAGAAGAAGGGCAAAUGA